AUGAAGCUCUCCCGUUCGUCCUCACCGGAGCUGGACCCGUCCGCCAUUGGCAUCGACUUUGCACCCCUCCCUGACUACAAGCCCGCAGGCGACACGGCUUUAGACUUCGGCGGCCUGCUUGAGACGCCAUUGAAGGUCCACGAGGACCUUGCCUCGGGCUGUGGAGGCCAGACGUGGCCGGCGGGAGUGGUGCUGGCCAGGCAUAUGCUGCGAUACCACCGGGACGAGCUCCGCGAUGCGCGCAUAUUGGAGAUCGGAGCUGGUGGAGGUCUCGUUGGCUUGGCGGUAGCGAACGGGUGCAGCCUCAGCCAGCCUCUCCACAUUACCGACCAGUUGGAGAUGCUGAGCCUGAUGGGUCACAACGUCCUCCUCAACGAGGCACAAGGCCGUGUCAAGCCCAUGGUACUCAACUGGGGCGAGCCAUUGCCCUCGGAAACGAUAGACUUCAAGCCGGAUGUGAUCCUGGCUGCCGACUGUGUCUACUUCGAGCCCGCCUUCCCGCUCCUGCUGCAGACCCUCAAGGACCUUCUGGCGCUUUGUCCCUCCGCUACGGUCUACUUCUGUUUCAUGAAGAGACGGCGCGCCGACAUGCAGUUUUUGAAGAACGCCAAGAAGUCCUUUGUCGUGACGGAGGUCGCUGAUGAUGAACGCCCCGUAUUCAGCAGGCAGGGCCUUUUCCUUUACACCUUUACCAGCAAGAACCGAGCACCAACAUCCUGA